ACCCAAGCACAACUGCCAAUUCAUCCCAUAUCGAGAGCGUGUAACAGACGCGACUCCUUGGCUGCCACCAUCUCAUUCCAUACACAGCUCUCUUUCCCCUUCAGCCCCAGCCAUGGCCUCCAUCCUCCGCCAAAUCGUUGCUGGACCCCGCGCAAAACACCAAGAGACCGGUCUCGACCUGUGCUAUGUGACAUCAAACCUCAUCGCGACGUCCGGUCCCUCGCAAACAUACCCGCAGCGCGCCUACCGCAACCCGCUCGACCGCCUCGUUUCCUUCCUCGACGCCAAGCACGGCGACGGUUGGGCGAUAUGGGAGUUUCGCGCCGAGGGCACGGGGUACCCGGACGAGGCCGUCUACGGGCGCAUACGCCACUACCCCUGGCCGGACCACCACCCGCCGCCGUUUGGGCUAGUCCCGGGGAUUGUGGGGGGGAUGAGGAGGUGGUUGGAUGGUGGACCGCUUGAUACUGCUGCUGCUGCCGCCGCCGAUGGGGAAGGUGGUGGCUGUAGCACGGAUAUGGAAAGGGAGGGUGGUGGUGGUGGUGGUCGGGAUGGGGAUGCGGGGAAAAUGGAUGUUGGGAACGGUAAAGGAGAGAGGGUCGUCGUGGUGCACUGCAAGGCCGGCAAGGGUAGGUCUGGUACUAUGGCGUGCAGCUAUCUGAUUGCCGAGUGCGGGUGGACGGCCGAGGACGCGCUGGCGCGGUUUACCGAGCGGCGGAUGAGGCCUGGUUUCGGAGCCGGCGUGUCCAUUCCCAGUCAACUCCGGUGGGUGAGCUAUGUGGAUCGGUGGACCAAGGGCGGGAAGAAGUAUGUUGAUCGGCCGGUCGAGAUUGUUGAGGUGCAUGUCUGGGGGCUGAGGCACGGCGUCAAGGUCGCUGUGGAGGGGUUCGUCGAGGAGGGUAAGAAGAUCAAAGUGUUUCACACCUUCAAGAGGGAGGAGAGGGUUGUGGUUGAGGCUGGCGCCCCGGGAGGAGCAGGGAUGGUGGACUUUGUGCAGGAUAUGGCGGGGUAUGGGGUCAAGGCCGGAGCAGACGACAAGGGGGAGGUGGUGGAGGAGGCGGACUACAAGGACAUCACGAAAGGGGCUAAUACCAACGACAACAACGGCGGCAACGGCAGCGGAAAUGGCAACGGCGACAGCAAGCUGGGGAUGCCUUCAAGGAGUUCCUCAAAGAAUAAGACCAUUGCAUUGCCGGAAAGGUCGCAGACUCCUUCAAGCGGGGCUUCUCUCCCGGGUAAAGACGAGUCGCGCUCCCAAUCGACGACCAACCUCCACAAGGCCAUCUCCUUCGCCGACCCUGCCGAGCCUGGCGGCCAAGCCGUCAUAUUCAAGCCAGCCAGCCCAAUCCGGAUUUCAAACAGCGAUGUCAACAUCUCUGUCGAGCGUAGGAACCGUGCUCACGCCAGCGUGGGCUUGACCAUGGUCACCGCUGUGGCGCACGUAUGGUUCAACGUCUUCUUCGAAGGCAACGGGCCCGAGCAAGGCGGCAAGGCAGACGACAGCGGGGUCUUCGAGAUGGACUGGGACAAGAUGGAUGGCAUCAAGGGCUCCAGCCAGCGAGGCACCAGGGCGCUAGACAGGUUGUCGGUGGUUUGGCGCGUCGCGGGGACUGGCGAGGCUGAUACUGGGGGCGAGGCUGCAUCAGGGGUGGCCAUCAACGAGCCAGGAGAAGAUAGUCCCGUACCUCAGAUGCAACCGGCCGACUGGAAGGGCGGGAAUGACGAGGAUCCAACGGCGGACAAGCGCCUCGGCUUGAGGAUGGAGGAUCCAGAGAGUCGGAACGUGAGCAAGGCCAGUAGCUUAAAGAGCCAGGAGACUGGGGAGGGUGGCCAGGUGGACAAGCAGGCAGACAACGUCGACGACCAGGCGUCACUGGAGGGCGUCAAGGUUAGCGGCCCGACGGGGGAGGAGGUGUUGGAUGAGAGGCCAGGGCCGGGAUCGAGUCCUCUGCCCCAGAUUGGGGGGUUGUGAUGAUGCUGCUUUGUGAGUUAUUGGGAGGAUGUAAGUGCAUGGCGUUCAGCCCCAUUCGACAUGUCAUUGUUUUUUGAGUCGACGCCGCGGACAGAAGAAGGGCCGUCCGUCUUCCUUUUCGAGGAAACGAAUGCUCGUUCAUGGGGUCGGGUCCAUUGCAUUCGCGUGGCCGUAUGCAUAGAAGUACAGCAGCCGCCAAGUAAAACACAUCAGUUGAGACUCAAAACUCAUGUUUUGAGCCGCACAAUCACCGAGUCCUCUCAUCAA